AUAAAAUAUAUGAAGAGUAAGUUUUUGAAAUAUGCCAAGUCGCAAAAAUGAAAAUUUUGAGAUAAAUAUGAAUUUACCACUCAUGAAUUCAAGAUUAUUGCAAGGAAAUAAAGAAUGCAUCUUUGAUGAACGAGUAAUUAACAAUUUAGAAGAAUGGCUGCGAAACAAUGCUGGCUAUAGUUUAAACAAUGGGGCAACAACAGGUCUUUCGGCUUGUAAUAAGAGGGCAAAAAUAAUUAAAUCCACUUCACCGAAUCCUCAAUCGUUAUCAGCGCAAAAAAUGGUUCAUGACGAGUUAAGUGCUUCAGAAUACCUAAAUCAACUUUUGCAAGAUAAAACUACGGUAUCAAAAAUGCCGAAAAUAUUCCUUCAUUCCGAAAGGUUACUCGACGAAGAAAUUAAUCGGGUUCGAAAUGAUAUAUUUUGUCCUUCAAACUUUUUAAUGUCAUUGCCUAAACCUCAAGGAAACAUUGUAAAACUUACUGAGAAGGUUUAUGCAAAAGUCAAAGAAUAUCCAAAGUUUAACUUUGUUGGAAGAAUCAUUGGGCCUCGAGGAUUAACUUUAAGACAAGUAGAACAAGAAACUGCUUGCAAAUUGCUUGUAAGAGGUAGAGGUUCUAUGAAAGACAAGAAGGCUGAAGAUGAGAAACGUGGUUUGCCUAACUAUGAACACUUAGACGAAGAUUUACAUGUUUUAAUUAUGGUAGAAGAUACAGAAGAACGUGCACAUUUAAAGCUACAAAAAACUGUUGAAGAAGUUAAUUUUCUUUUAACUCCUCCAAGAGAUGGUGAAGAUGAUAUUAAAAAAAAACAACUACAAGAUUUGGCUAUUCUUAAUGGAACAUAUAGAGCACCAAUCAAUGAAAUAAAAACUCAAUUUAAUGGAUAUAAUACUACAACUUCUUCAACAGUGCAAAAUGGUCUAUUGACAUUUCCAAGUCCAACUCCUGUUAUGAACCAUAACAAUACACCUUUCCCUGCUUUACGUAGCACAUCAGUAACUCCAAGUGUUAACCAACUGAAAUCUCAAAUAGAAAGAGUGAGGAGGAUGUAUCAUCCUUAUAACAAGUCUGCUGCUUGACAGAUUUCUAUAUGCUGAUAUCGCGACAAAAAUUCAUUAAUACCACUUUACUGACGAGUUCAAUUUGCAAUUCAUCUGCUAAAAGUCAUUCUUAAUUAGAGUUUUUGAAUCCAGAGAGUCGUUAGUGUUUUAUGCUUGUGGCAAUUUAGUGGAUUUUUUUAUUAUCGUAUUAAUCUUUUAUGUUCUGUCAUGUUUCAGUUUUAUUUGUUUUAUUGUUAUGUUUAUACUACUGAUUCUUAAAUUUUGUAAAUAUUAAAAUUAGAUUUAUAUACAAAUAUAUUUUUUACAGACAAAUUAUGCAAUUAAAUGUUUGAUUGAUUUUUAACUUAUUUUAAAAAUUUAUUGUGAAUACUUUGUAUGUCAAUUGUAUUGAUGUAAAAUUCGAAUAAGUUUAUUAUUCAUUAAUACUC